AAGAGCUGAGACAGAUCCACAUUGGAGUCCAGAGAGCAGGAAGAUGAUUGAGUCUCUGGGAAAACUGGCUUUUGAGCAGCUGCAGAAAGGAAACCUGAUCUUCUAUGAAUCGGACCUGACAGAGUGUGGCAUCGAUCUCAGAGCAGCCUCAGUGUACUCAGGAGUGUUCACACAGAUCUUUAAAGAGGAGAGUGGACUGUACCAGGACAAGGUGUUCUGCUUCAUCCAUCUGAGUGUUCAGGAGUUUCUGGCUGCUCUUCAUGUCCAUCUGACCUUUAUCAACUCUGGAGUCAAUCUGCUGUCAGAAGAACAAAGAACAUCCUGGCGGUCUAAAGUCUUCAGAGACAAACCUAAACUAACACACUUCUACCAGAGUGCUGUGGACAAGGCCUUACAGAGUCCAAAUGGACACCUGGACUUGUUCCUCCGCUUCCUCCUGGGACUUUCACUGAAGACCAAUCAGACUCUCCUACGAGGUCUGCUGACACAGACAGGAAGUGACUCAAGAACCAAUCAGGAAACAGUCGAGUACAUCAAGAAGAAGAUUGAAGAGACUCCCUCUGCAGAGAGAAGCAUCAACCUGUUCCACUGUCUGAAUGAACUGAAUGAUCGUUCUCUAGUGGAGCAGAUCCAACAGUCCCUGAGUUCAGGAAGUCUCUCCACAGAGGAACUCUCUCCUGCUCAGUGGUCAGCUCUGGUCUUCAUCUUACUGUCAUCAGACAAAGAUCUGGACGUGUUUGACCUGAAGAAAUUCUCUGCUUCAGAGGUGGCUCUUCUGAGGCUGCUG